AUGUCGGGGAUGGACGAGGACGACGACGAGGACGAGGAUGACGGCGGGGCCGGGGGAAAGCGAGGCUCCGUUAGCGGGAAGCGGCCCCGGCAGGGAGGGCGGAAUAUGACGGAGCAGCAAAGACUUGAUCGGAGAGAGCGCAACCGGGAGCACGCAAAACGGUCGCGCGUUCGCAAGAAGUUCCUGCUGGAGUCGCUGCAGAAGAGCGUGACGUCACUACAGGAGGAGAACGAGAAGCUCAGGGGGGCAAUCCGCUCCAACCUGGGUCCGGAAGAGGCAAAGGAGCUUCUAGCUGAGACGGAGACGCCCACGACCCUCAUCUCCAGUAGACCGGGAGAUGCCACGAAGGUUCUGGACGACCCGGACUACUCGUUGGUGAAGGCGUUGCAGACGGCGCAGCAGAACUUCGUUAUCACCGACCCCACCUUGCCGGACAACCCGAUCGUCUUUGCGAGCCAGGGUUUCCUAGAGUUGACGGGAUAUACGCUGGACCAGGUGCUGGGUAGAAACUGCCGGUUCUUGCAGGGACCGGACACUGACCCUAAGGCCGUGGAGAAGAUCAGAAAGGCUAUCGAGAAGGGCAUGGACACGUCCGUUUGCCUCCGCAACUACCGCGUGGACGGAGCCAUGUUCUGGAACCAGUUCUUCAUCGCGGCGCUGCGGGACUCCGAGGGCACCGUGAUCAACUACGUCGGGGUGCAGUGCAAGGUGGACGAAGAUUUUGUCCGAGCUGUGCAGCGAACGGAGGGAGAGGAAGACGGCGAGGGCGACGAAGAGGAGGAGGACGAGGAUCACAGUGACACGGAGGAAAAAGACGCCGCCGGUUAACGGUGGGCCGAGAGGUUCCGUGGAAUCGCACGCCCGGGGAGGAGGUUUUUCGGGUUGGCGGGUGCUCCUCUCAGUAGGGGGGGGGAGGGGGGGGUUGGGUGUGCGAUUUCGUUGUGAGUGGAGGUGAUGCUGCUGGGGGGGAGGGAAGGGAGAAAAUUGCGGGAAAGGGCAAGGCUUAGAGACACCGAUCGGUCGUGAGCGGCUUGGUUUGGUGCGCGCGCGCAGCGGUUGGAUGGUGCGCGUGCUUGCUCUUGGGCGGCCGCGGCAGCAGCAGCAGCAGCAGGUAUAAACGACCCAUAUGACGAAGGUGCUUGCAUGUUUUGCCUUGGUCGCUACGAAUGGUGGUAGUUUGAGACUUCCCUUUUGAUAACAGAAACUUGUCAAGUGAGUUAAAGGUGGAACGUCCAAAAGUUGGAGUAGAGUGCAGGUUUCCAGGAUAUCGGGAAGGCGUAGGGGGGGGGGAGGUGAGGCCCGAUGGGGGGGGGGCAGAGGGUGUAUGCCCAUGUUCGGAAACUGUUCUGCGGCGUUUUGGUCGCUGUGGAUUUUUUUUUUUUUUUAUCUGUAGCUCGUCCAAAAGUGGGGGAGUCACGCGUACACACCCAAAGGGCUGGGGAGUGGAAGGAGGUCCUGAUCUCCUUUUCACAUGCUCUCUCUCUCUCUCUCUCUGUGAGGGGUUGUCCUCUCUGACGAUGGUCCCGGGAGUUGCGCGCGACGUGCGGGUGCCAGGCUGAGGGGGGAUCGCAAAUGGGACCUGAGUUGCAGGGUGCGAAUAGGCAACAAGCGUGUGUGCGUGUGUGUGGAUUUACGGAGUGUUUUCCAUGUCGAGACCCGAGUUUUGACUCAACUCGUGUCUCUUUUGUCCUUAUCGUUCUGAGCAGCUUUGGCCAGGGUCUCUAAAAGUACGUUGUUUGAUGCAUCCGUCGAAGGGGGAGUGGUGUGAUUUGCCUCUCGGUGUGUGACUUGCUCCUUUUAUCCUGUUUGGAGCUAGAGUAUUCCCUCGUAUUUCUCACACAAUCUGACUCGCUCUCUCACGUCGUUACCACCGAGUUGCGGCAUCACGAAUGGUGGUUCCUUCCAAGUAAGUCGUUCACGCCUAGCAGGAGAGGCGAGAGACGGAGGAGCGCUAUCGACGGCGAGCUUGUAUCAGUGUAUCGAGGCCCGGAUAGCCUGGUCUGGUUUCUGCUUUCCCUCGUAUCUCAGGGAAUAAAACAAAAAGAGGAGGGUGCGUCAUAUUUUGGUGUUGAUGCGUCACGUUGUAGUCUCUUUUAUAUUUAAUCUGUGUUGUUUAUUCUCUUAUUUCCCCUUUUGUUGUCAUCACCCCCUCCGUCUGGGUCUCGCGUUGAUAGAUUGCGGAUGUGACUGCGAGAAACCACUGUAGAGAAGCAAGAGCUGUAUCGCGUGCCCGCCUUCAUGUAGAGCCCAGGGCGCGACCGCGCACCGCUUCGCACACAAAAUGCUGUCUGUCCUUGUGUCUGCCGGUGCCUGCCCGACGUCUCCGGUACCCCUUAUAGCCUUUUGAGUUGUGCGCCCUGCGCAGUAUGUAGGCGUGGUGGCGAGGUGGGCGCCCCCCGCACAAACCCUUUUACUACGUCUACGUCGAAGACGUUUCUACUAAUAGUGUUGGGGGUCCCUUCGCCUGCAAUUUGUGGUGCAAAAGAUGAAAGUUAUGUAGGCAUGUCUCGAGCACGUAAACAAAGGGUUGUUGUUUAUUUCUGCACUCACUCGCGGGGAUGAGUCGAUGGCCAACAGGCCGAUUGAUGAUUGCUGCAGCCAUGGGCGGGUCAGCAUUUGCUGAACACUAGGUGUGGCUCCAAGAUGGAACGAGGGAUUCAAUCGAGAGGCCUGUCUUGCGGAUCCUGCUGCCUUGCUGCUAGAGAAAGUUGUCUGCAGAUUCGCAGUGCUCCGCAUUGUCGUGUUGAUGAUUCUCGUGUGGAAAAGUGUGAUCGACGAGGGGAUGGGUGGCCCGACCGUGUGGGGUCGAAGGAAGCAACGAGUUGGUCGUUUUUGGAGCGGCCGCCUUGGAUUCUGGAAAAUGAGGGGCGUGGGUGGAAAUGGUUGAAUGACGCAAGAGAUAGGUGUGUUUUGUGUUGGGGGCUGUAGCAGCGCCCUUAAGGUGGAAAGGUAUAUACGAAGGCCGAAGUGCGAGCGAACUAGUCGGCACGAUAGAGGUGGAACAGGGGGAAGGAUUCAGGCGGGAAGAUAUCGUACUUCACCAAUGACAAAGCAAAACAGCCGAUGGUAUCCAGGUAGAGGGGCAGGAAAAGAAGCAAGGCAGGGGAACAGAAAAAGUGAGAGUCAGAAUCCCGAGGUAAACCCCAAACAUUCGUUGGAGGAUCUACCCUUGCUUGUUGCUUUUGCUUGCUUCGAUAUGUCUGGCAACAACACCACCACUCCGCCGCCGUGGAGCCAGCUAGCUGUAUGAGCGCUUGAGCUUGUUGGAGCUGUUGUAGUCUGCCUCUUGCCUGGUGUGCGUGGCCCGCGAUUCAACUGACUGAUUCUUUUGGUCGGUUGU